AUGAUCCAAGCAGACAACGCCAAUUUCGACACGUUCAGAGACUGUCUCUUCUCGGCGGUGGUGGAAAAAUCAAUAGGAAGUUCCCGCAAAACGACGACCAAGCGACAACCAGUUGGAAAGAAGACGGCCACCACUCCUUCACAGACCCCUGCAGAAGCUGACCCGUCCGAACUCGCCGAGUUCUCAGACUACCUGGCCGGUGAAAUAUUCAUCAACCUGCCAGAGGAGCUGCAGAGGUUGUCCUAUCGUGCUCUUCAAGAGAGCCCGGACCUGGCGGAGAAAUGGUCACUUCCCCUGACGCUCUCCGUGUACGAGGAGGUAUCGAGCCACAUCCCCGGAGACGUCACCGACAGCCUGACGGCGUAUGGGCUCGUUGAACCACCGAGGUCUGACCUCCAGUCUUUUCUCGCUCCUGUGAUGGCAGCCUACGUCGGCGCUGUGACGACCCCACCUCCGAAAUGGGUCGACACGAGGACGGACGCUUGUGAGAUUUGCGAGAGGGACUGGGUGCCGAUGACCUACCACCAUCUCAUCCCGAAGCAGGUACACGCAAAGGUGUUGAAGAGAGGUUGGCACGACGAGCACCGGCUGAACAGCGUCGCCUGGCUUUGUCGUGCUUGCCACAGUUUCGUCCACAGGAUGGCCUCCAACGAGGGACUGGCAAAGGAUUGGUACACUGUCGACAAGAUCUGCGAGAGGGAGGAUGUCCAGAAAUGGGCUCAGUGGGUCGGAAAGGUUCGAUGGAAGAAGUCUUGA